AUGCUACCUGCCAUUUGCGAAAAUAGUCCAGGUUGUGCUGUUAAUCAACUUUAUCAUCCAACUGAUAUAUUUCUUUCAAAAUUAGAUGGCUCAAUUCAAGUUGCUGAUUGUUUCAAUAACAGAAUUCAAAAAUGGCAAAUAAAUGCAAUAACUGGUAUCACUGUUGCAAGAAGCUCAAAUGGAACAACAGGUAGUACACCAUAUCGUAUGCAUGAGACCUUUAUUUUAGUAAUCAAUGAUGAAGAAAAGUACUUGCAUGUAUCAGACACUUAG